CGAAUUUUGCAGGAUGACUAAUAUCAGUGCUAGUGAGUAUGUCAAAGAACUGAACGAUGAGGCGGUGGAGGCGCUUAUUCCCGCCAUUAUUUACGUUGUGAUCCUCAUGGUCAUCGGUGUCGUCGGGAACCCUGUCAUUGCAUUCUUUUAUGGCUUAAAAUUGAAACCGACUCCAUCUUACAUGUUUAUUGUGGCUUUAGCCAUUUUUGAUUUUGUCGUUUGCGUUAUUUCCAUGCCUCUAGAAAUCGUUGAUUUAAUUCGAUUUUACACAUUUGAAAGUGCCAUAGCUUGCAGACUUUUAAGAUUUGUGAACUACUUUAUGUCCAUAUCAAGUGGAUCAAUUCUCAUUGCCAUUGCAGUUGAUCGCUACCGGAAAAUUUGCAAGCCGUUUGAUUCCCAAAUAUCAAUGAAAAUGGCCCGAAUAAUAAUAGCAUGUGUUCUUUUGGGGUCCUUAUGUAUUUCGUGGCCAAGCUUCGUGUUUUAUACUGUUGUGCAAUUGAAUCUAACAGAAAUUGCUGGUGCAGUGGGUCAAGAUUGUACCACAAGGCGUGACGAUUCCUACAAAUUCUAUAUUACUUUAUACAAUGGAAUUUUAUUUCUUAUGUUCAUCAUAGCCAUUACAUCCCUGAUCGUUCUUUAUUGUCUCGUUGGGAAACAAAUUUUUAACCUUCGAGACUUCCGGUUUUAUGCACAGCGAAAAAGAAAAAAUUCUGCACCACCGAAAAGUAGCAUUACUCAAUGUACAGAAGAAUCAGUUGGACUUGGUUCCGUUGCAGAUUCGAAUUCCUCAGAAAUUUCCAAGUUUGAAGAAGUCGUCGUGACUCCUAGUGGAGAAAGCAGACGACCUACAACAAUCACAGCGAUGAAAUUCAUGUCGAGAAACAAGUCAACUAAAAUAUGUGAAUGCGAUGAAUCUAAUAUUUCUGAUGGAAUAAAACAUUUGCCUGAAGACAAUCGUCCUACUACUUCGUCAGAGAAAAUGCCUAUUUCCCCACGAUCUAAUUUUGCCUUGUCGGAACUCACUAACAGGGAUUCUACAAGAAAGGAAUCCAUUAGAACUGAAAAAUUUAUUCAAGUUCGGGAACCUUCUGAAGAUUUUUCCAAAAAGGUCAACAGGACAACAAACACGCCAAGCACAUCGGAAACCGGAAACGCAAAGCCCUCUGCAAAUUUACACAAGGAGAAAAUGAGUGUUCACAGCAUUAAAACAAAGAAGUACACAAUAAUCAUGUUAUCAAUUACAAUCGCUUUCAUCGUUAGCUUUUUACCAUAUUUGUCCCUUAUGACAUGGAGAACAUUAUCAAAAGAAUUCGAGCCAAACCUGUUCUCGAAAUCGGAACUGGUAGCAUUUCAAAUUUUUAUUCGCUCAUUCCUGAUAAACAGUGCUGUAAAUCCUCUGAUAUAUGGUUUUUUGAAUACGGAGUUUAGGAGUUUCAUCAUAGCGUGUUUUUGUUGCAGGAAAAAUGCUCUGUCUCGCCCCUCAAGGUCCAUUAACAGUAGCUAUUCAAGAACAAAAUAG